CCUAUAGUGGAUUCCUCUUUUAAUCCUGAUGGUUCUUUGAUAGCUUCUGCAAUAAUAGCUCUCGAUGCUCACAACAUUCAUAUCCAAUCAACUUCUUCUUCUGAUUUUCGUAAUAUAGAUAUAUCUUUUCCAUUGGAUAAAGGUCUAAAAUUCACCUGUUUUUCUUGGGGCUACUUGAAUCCAGAUUUCCAUAAUAUAGAAUCUCAAGUUUUAUUCAUCGGCUUAAAUAAUGGUUCAAUUUUAAUUUAUUCUCCAAUUCAAAAUCAACUAAUUGAAACUUUAAAUAAUUUAUCAAGCUAUUCAAUAAUCUCUUGUUACUACUCAAAGUUAUCAAAUUCCUUAUGGUCAAUUGAUUUGUCUGACGACUUGAUCGAAUUCAACUUAUCAAAUUUUCAAAAAAUUUCAAACUAUAAAAUUUCAGAUUUUUUAAAUCAAAUCGAUAAUUUAAAUAACAGCAUCACUAAUAAUAUCUCAAAUUUUAAUGAAAAUACAAAACUAACCAACAUCAAAUUAAUCUCCUACCAAGAAAAGCCUCAUCUUUUAUUAUCCUCAAAUUCGGUUUAUCUUAUCGACUUAUCCUCAAAGAAAGUAGUAAGCCAUUUUUCUAAUCAUAUCAAUCCAAUAAUUGUUUUAAAUUAUAAAAAUGAUGAUCACAUUAUUACAACUGCAAUUGACGAUAGGUUCAUUAACAUUUACUCAUUAUCAGAAAAUUCAAUCAAAAAAGUUUUAGUUACUCAAUCAAAUGUCGUCUCAAUAUCUUUUAAUGACAAUACUUUAAUAGCAGUCACGCAAGAAGGUUUAAUAGAAGUAUUUGACAAUCCAUUUAACAGUAAAUUGGUUAAACCCAAUGAAGAUUCUUUAAAUAGUGAUAAUCCAAAUAAUCUCAUUAAUUCAACUGGAAGAAGGAAAAGACAUCAAAAUAAUAAAUCAAACUCUGCAGUUGCUAAAAUUAAAUUACAAAGACCUGCAUCUCAACUAAAAAUUGUAGAAAAUGAAUUAAAAAUUUUAAAUGCCUUUUUAACUUUUGAUAAACAAAUCUUGUAUAGUUGGUUGGAAAAUGCCACUAUAUUUCACUUUGAUAAAUUGUCUUUAAUAAAUCAGGAUUCAAAAUCCGUAAUAACAGGGGAUAUAAAUAUCGUUAAAUCAAAAGCCUCGUCAUUUUCACAAGACAAAACAAAAAAAAAUCUUUCCAGUUCUCAUGGUGAUGAUAUCGCUGCCUCAAAACAGUAUAGAGAAACCACUGUACAUAUAGCAAGUGGUGAUAAUCUAAAAGAUAUAGAAAUUGAUGAGACUGAAAAUUUGACUUUAGCCGAUAAAUUAAAUUCUCUAAAUAUUUCAAAGGAUAUAUCUGAUUUUCAACAACAAAUUCAAGAGAAAAAGAUUUUAAAAGCAACUACUGGUUCUUUGACAGUAGUACUAACUCAAGCUUUGAAAACAAAUGAUCAUUCUCUUUUAGAGUCAAUAUUAAAUAUUGAUAAUGAACAAAACAUCAAGACUACAAUAUUAAGGUUAAAUUCUUCUUUGGUUAUAAUACUAUUGAAUAAAUUAUCAGAAAGAUUAGCAAGACUUUCGAAUACUUCUCAAACUAAGAAUAAAAGAUUGAUUAUUUGGAUCAAGUGGGUUUUAAUAAUUCAUGGCAGUUAUUUGAUAAGGCUAAAUUUUACCGGUGGAAAUGGUUCAUUACUUAGGGAUUUAUCUCAAUUGAAUUUCAUUCUCGGAAAAAAAGCAGCAAAUUUAAACAAAUUAUUAAUUUUAAGAUCAAAAUUAGAUUUAAUUUUAGAACAAAUUUCGAUUAAAAAAGAAAUUCUUAGUGAGUUUCAACAACAGAAUUAUUUCAGUCAAGAAGGUGAGGAAAAUGAAUCUGAUGUUGAAUAUAAUGAAGCACUUGAUGACGCCCAUUUAAUUGACAAUGGUGAAGAAGAUUACAUAUCGGAAGAUGAUGAAGAAUCUGAUGAUUAUUACAGCGAAGAUGAAUCCGAUGUUGAUAUGGAGGAAGAAGAAGAUGAUGAUGAU